AUGGCUACUCAUAUGGUUCGUCGGACCAGCUUGAAAGAGGAAGGAAUGGCCACACGCAAAAAUUGUAUUGUCAUCAUCUAUCGACAGUCCGUUGCUUGCUGCCAUUUUCGCCUCUACGUGACUGUCUACUUUUUUUCCCCCAAAGAGCUUUCCUCCCUCGUAAAUCGAACUGGAAAUCAAUCUCUCUCUCUCUCUCUCUCUCUCUCUCUCUCUCUCUCUCUCUCUCUCAAUCUCUCUCUCUCAAUCUCUCUCUCUCAAUCUCUCUCUCAAUCUCUCAAUCUCUCUCAAUCUCUAUCUCUCAAUCUCUCUCAAUCUCUCUCAAUCUCUAUCUCAAUUUCUGUCUCUAAAUCUAUUUCUCUCUCUCUCUCUCUCUCUAAAUCUCUUUCUCUAUCUCUAAAUCUCUUUCUCUAUCUCAAUCACUCAAUCUCUAUCUCAAUCACUCAAUCACUUAAUCUCUCUCUCUCUCUCUUUCAAUCACUUAAUCUCUCUCUCUCUUUCUCUCUCUCUCAAUCACUUAAUCUCUCUCUCUUUCUCUCUCUCUCUCUCUCUCUCAAUCACUCAAUCUCUCUCUCAGAGUUUCACAAAAACGCUUUUUAA